GACCGUUAGCCAGAGCCGGUUCUACCCCUCCCCCACUGUACCGAGGCCGAUCCACUCCCACCCCCUCCCCCACUGUACCGAGGCCUAUUCUGUCCGACCGUUAGCCAGGGCCAGUCCCACCCCUCCCCCACUCGAAGCGGGUCCUGUUCUGCUCCUCCCCCACUGCAGCCGAGGUCUCUCCUGUCAGUUCGUUAGCCGGGGCCUGUCCCAUCUUGUCCCUCCCCCCCCUGGAGCCGGGGCCUGGCCAUCCGUGAGCCGGGGCCUGUCGCACUGCCAGAAGAUUGUCACUGAGCUUGAUUACAGCAACACUGCCAAUACACACCAAAAAUAUCAAUAGGAGAAACUAUUGCUGUUGGAAUACUGAUAACCAAGAGAUUACUGAACGUGAAAUUGACAGCGCAAGUACCUGAGUGUUCCGCAACAUUCACAUCACCUGCCCAGAUUUCUUUAGGACGUAUUAACAUAACCAAAGAGAUCUUGGAUUUAUCAAACUCACCAAAAUAGUUUGUAACAAUGAGUGAAUUCUGGUUAUGUUUUAACUGCUGUAUUGCAGAACAACCACAGCCAAAAAGGCGAAGGCGGAUAGACAGGAGUAUGAUCGGAGAGCCAACAAAUUUUGUUCACACAUCACACAUGGGGGCCGGAGAUAUGUUUGGGGAUCGAAUGAGCUCCAUGAUUGAUGUACAUGGCCAAAUGCAAUCUAAGGGUGGCUACAGUGACGCAGUGCCAAUUAGUAUUCAAACAAUGCAACUUAUCGAUACUGCAGCGGCAUAGUGUUACUUGACUAACUAGUUGCAUAACUCAGGUAAAUCCAUUAAUUCCUCUGUCUUCCUUAAAGUAUUCAUCUGAAUCAUUGCCUCUCCCUGUCAACUAAGCCAAGAUGAAGUUUUUGCUUUGAGUAUUAAAGGACUUUGCAUCGUGUUAAAGGUGACCACAUUCCUUCCAGAGAAACCUGUUGCUCCUCUUACCAGCUUAGAUGUACAGAGAAACUGCUCCUUGUAUUUCUUGAACUGAACUGUAUGUUUUUUUUUUGUAAGAUUGCCUGAAUCAAUAAAAUUGAAGAUGUUUUUGGCAA